AAUGUUAGGAUAAUCAUGGGGAAUUUAUAAAACGCGGCAGUUAAAUAAACAACUUGUGGAGUUGAUUGUUUAUGUUAGAAGUGGCCAUUAAGAUUCUGUCAUAAAAUCUGAUCAGAAGGUCGAGCUCUAGUGUGAAAAACGAACUUUAUAGGAACUGUUAACAAAUUUCUCUGAUUUUUUUUAAUUAUGAAGCUGGACACAAGAAACCUUUUACGGAAUUUUACAUGAGUAUAGAACGACAAUUCCUCUUCUUGAUUCGUAUUUUGUCAACUGGAGUUUAUAUUCUUCAUUGAACAGUUAUCUGCAAUACAGUUCUAAUCUAGCAUUGUAUUAUAUUAUCAUUAUCCGUUAACUGUGAACGCUAUAAAAUGGCUUUAUAUAAAGUGGUUGUUUUCGUUCUCACCAAUCAAAUACUGAGAGCAAACAGUCGGCACAUGGCUGGAGCGUCUGUGAACGAAAAUCUACACGUGUUUGAAGACAACACGGAUGAUACUACAGACACCUAUUGGUUAGAUUCAAUGACAUGGAAGAAGGAUGCAGUACGUAAGCAUAUGGUGGGACCUAAGACACCAAACUACUGCUCCGUGUGUACAUGCUCACAAUAUAAUGAGCGUCUGUACGUGGAUUGCACUGAUAAAGGUCUCGAAAAUGCGUUCGAUGAUAUUAGUCGAAAAACUGUUGACCUUGAUUACACAAGGAAUUAUAUUUCAAAUGUCGUCUAUGACAAUUUUCGUGGCUUGACACUAUUGAAAGUCCUGAAGCUGUCUUAUAAUAAAAUACGGCAAAUAGCCAAAGAUGCAUUUAGGGACCUUACAAGUCUUACAGAUUUAUAUAUAGACAACAACAAUAUUAUUACGUUGCAAAUAGGUAUUCCUGAAGGAACAUUUGAUUCUUUGAUAAAUCUUCGUCUGCUUGUCAUGCAUGGAAAUGUGUACGUGUAUAUAAGCGAUGCUUCCAGGCUUAACGGGCGGACAUUUCAGCCAUUGAAAAAUUUAAAGUUUCUUGUCAUCGACGGGUUCAGAAAGUUAAAAUUUGAUUACCACUUUCUUAAUACGCGUUUGUCCUCCUUAAUACUAAAAGGGCCUCCUUGUGGAUGUUUAUUAAACGUUGUAGAUGAUGAUAUAUUUGAUGGUUUGCUGCAUCUUCAAAAUCUCUCCAUGAGGCAUUGUAACAUAUCAUCACUUUCGCCGGUAGCUCUUUCACGUCUGAAAUCAUUGCGAUACCUUGAUAUUUCAAAGAAUUAUCACUUGGGAAUGCAGCACGUGUUAGGUCCUAUUGCGAAAGCUUUAAUGGAUAGUAAUAUUAAAAUACUGAAAAUGAACUUAGUAUCAGACCCUUAUCAGGUAGGUAAUAGAUUAGAUAAUGAAAAUUUGUUUUACAUUAAUCAACUAAAUUUAACGGAAUUGUAUAUGGAUUCAAACUCUAUUGAAAUAAUAGAUUUUCACAAUCCACUUUUUUCAAAAUAUUCCACUCUGAAAGUAUUGAGUUUAAAAUAAAACUCUCUUUU